UAGUCGCUAAUUGAGAUCCACUCGGGACAGAUUCCCAGACAACCCCGAGACGACGCAAUCGUUCCGCGCUCUUUCUAAUCAACUCGAUGGCCUGAAAGAAUCUGCGCCUCAAGCUGAGCUGUGAUAUAAACCCCCAUUUAAAUAGAAUCCGCAACCGCGCCGAAAAUAGUUGCUCUCAAUUAAUCGCGAUUUGUGCGUCUUAACGAAAAUGCAUUCCCUGCUUUUGGUCGGAGUACUUUUUGGUGGCCUGGUGGCCAUGUCCCGGGCGGCAGUCACCACCCAACCACCUCCUUUGAUCAGAACCCUGAGUGCCGGAGGCGAUAUCGGACCCCAGUUUCAAGUGGAGAAGGCCAGGGAGCCAGAAGAUGCGGAAUUCUGGCACAAAGUGGGUCUCAGCCAGUUGAAAAAGACGAUCAAGCAGGCGGAGCGGGUUAAGGAGCACUCCUACCGGAAAAAGGCCCGGAACAUCAUCAUCUUCAUCGGAGAUGGCAUGGGCAUCUCCACGAUCAGUGCGGGUCGCAUCUACAAAGGGCAGUAUUUGAAGCACGGAUAUGGGGAGGAGGAAUCACUGGUCUUCGAUGAUUUCCCCAACACCGGAAUGGCGAAGACCUACAAUGUGGACAAACAGGUUCCGGACUCGGCUGGCACGGCCACGGCGAUUUUCUCGGGAUCGAAAACCCAUUACGGAGCCAUCGGAAUGGAUGCCACCCGCUCGAAGACGAAUGGCCAGCAAGGUCGCGUCGAAAGCAUCAUGGAGUGGGCUCAGAAGGCGGGCAAGCGCACCGGAAUUGUCACCACCACCAGGAUCACCCACGCCACGCCCGCCGCCACUUACGCCCACAUCUACGACAGGGAUUGGGAGUGCGACACGGAGGUUCCCUCGGAGUCGGUGGGCAAGCAUGUGGAUAUUGCCCGGCAGCUGGUGGAGAACGCCCCUGGAAAUCGGUUCAAUGUGAUCCUGGGAGGAGGAAUGUCCCCGAUGGGCAUCCUAAAUGCCUCGGAGGUGAGGACUACGAUCUUCGAAGGACCCACGGAGACCAUUUGCAGGCGCGGGGAUAACAGGAAUCUUCCUGGCGAGUGGCUGGCCCACCACGCCAACGAUUCUGUGCCGCCAGCGUUGGUGCACAACCGCAAGGACUUGCUCGACUUGGACGUCAAGGAGGUGGACCACUUGAUGGGCCUGUUCCGCAACAACCACAUCACCUACUCCGUGGCCAGGGAGGAGGGGGAGCCUUCCCUGCAGGAAAUGACCGAGGUGGCUUUAGGGGUCCUCGAACGAGGUGACGCGUCCCGGGGAUACGUGCUCCUGGUGGAAGGAGGUCGCAUCGAUCAGGGUCACCACAUGAACUAUGCCCGCGCUGCUCUCCACGAACUCUACGAGUUCGACCUGGCCAUCCAGGCAGCCGUGAACAUCACUGAUCCCGAGAAAACUCUGAUCCUGGUCACAGCGGAUCAUUCCCACGCGGUUACCUUUAACGGCUACGCCCUCCGAGGAGCCGAUAUCCUGGGAGCAGCCAACUCGCACGAGAAGAACGACCCCAUGGUCUACGAGACCAUCUCGUACGCCAAUGGACCUGGCUAUUGGGAUCACUUGGCCAAUGAUUCGCGGCCCCACAACAGCUCCAAUAUGUGGAUGCCUUUGAAGCAAUUCACUGACGAGGAACGCGCUGCCCCCACUUAUCGGCAUUUGGCCACUGUUCCGCGAAAGGACGAAACCCACGGGGGCGAGGAUGUGGCCGUGUUCGCCUAUGGUCCUGGUUCCAGUCUGAUCCGCGGGGUCUUCGAGCAGAACUAUCUUGCCUAUGUGAUGAGCUAUGCCGGCUGCCUGGGCCCCGCCAAGGACUUUGAUGACUCCUGCAAGCAGGCAAAGGAUGAUGACGAACAGUCGGAAGAUCAUCUGAAAAGUAGUGCCACCUCUUGGGGAGCCUCUUUACUUCCCAUGGUGACUGCCCCCGCAGCGGCUUUUCUACUCGGCUUCUUGCUGUAAUUAAUAGAUCGAGUUUUAAUACUUGUAGUUAAAGACUAAGUUUUACGGAUUGUUUUGUUGAAUGUGAGUGAGCGAAAGAGGGAGUGAUCAUUGUUAUUUACAAAAUAGAUACAUUUAAAACUUUAAAA